AUGCUUGUGGAAGCAGGAUUUUGCAGAGCUAAACACUAUUCCUCAGGAUCGGAUCGGGGGUGUGUGCGUGUGUGUGCGCGCGUGUGUGCGUGCGUGCGUGCGUUUCCCAUCCCGUGAAGCGUUUCCAGUGCCGCACCCUGUCUCCUGCGCGUAAAAAGCCUCCCACACAGUCGACAUCGCAUCACAGCGCGUCUCCUCCGGCAGCCGGACCUCUCUCGGACGGGUUGGACUCAGACAUGGGAGUGGAGCGGCGGCUGUUCUGCCUAUGACACGGACGCAGCGGGCGGGAAGGAUGGCUCUAGUCAGCCGGGAAAUGUUGUGCGUGAUCGGCACCGCCUGCCUGUGGCUGCCGCUGCUGGCGGAGGUGGUGGCUGACGACAGCUACUUAAACGAGGUGCAGAACUCAGUGCCUCUGUCCUGCUCUGAGGGCUUCACAGAGCUGGGCUACUACAACGGCACCGUGUCCCAGACGGACUCGGGCGCCCCCUGUUUGAAGUGGACCGAGUUUCCGGACUAUGUCAUGCAGUACCCGGGUCGGGGCCUGGGCGACCACAGCUACUGCAGGAACCCGGACCGAGAGUCCAACCCGUGGUGUUUCUUCAGACAGAACUCGGGGGCCAUCGGAUGGGCGUACUGCGACUGCCACCAGGGUGCCGCUCGUCUGGUCGGCAGCCCGUCCUCCAGCAGCGGCCGCGUCGAGGUGUACCUGAACGGUCAGUGGGGCGCCGUGUGCGACUCUCACUGGACAGACAGAGACGCCAGUGUGAUCUGCAGGCAGCUGGGCCUAGGCGACAUCGGCACGGCGCUGCAGCAGGCCCAGUUCGGCUCCGGCUCCGGCCUCUUCCACUACGAGCGGCUGGGUUGCCGCGGUGACGAGGACACCCUGAGCAAGUGUCGGAGCAGGACGUUCGUCACCGGCGACUGUAGCCAUGGCAACGAGGCGGCAGUGGUGUGCGCGGCGCCGGAAGGCAGCGGCCCCCCGCUGCGAUUGGUCGGCGGCGAGGAGGACUUCGAAGGCCGCGUGGAGGUGUUCCACGCGGGGCGGUGGGGCACGGUGUGCGACGACCGCUGGGACGACCGGGACGCGGAGGUGGUGUGUCGACAGCUGGGCUUCGGCGGUGUGGCGAAGGCCUGGUCGUGGGCUCACUUCGGUCAGGGUUCCGGCCCGAUCCUGCUGGAUGCUGUGAAGUGCACAGGAAACGAGUUCUUCCUGGACCAGUGUUCCCAUGGCGACUGGGAGCAGCACAACUGUGACCACAUGGAGGACGCUGGGGUCUCCUGCAGCCCUUAUACAGAUGGCGUUGUGCGUCUGGUGGGUGGAGACAGCCCCUGGGAGGGUCGGGUUGAAGUCUUCCACAACGGGGACUGGGGGACCGUGUGUGACGACCACUGGAAGCAGCAGCACGCUGAGGUGGUCUGCAGGCAGCUGGGCUACAGGGGUCACGCCGAGGUCGUGUCCGACGGGACCUUCGGCGAGGGCGCCGGCCUCAUCCUCCUGGACGACGUCCGCUGCGACGGCACCGAGACGUCGCUGCUCGACUGCCAGCGCGGCAUCUGGGGCCGCACCGACUGCUCCCACAGCGAGGACGUGGGCGUCCGCUGCAGGAGCCGGCCCGGCCAGGAGACCAACGAGGUGCCGGCCAUCGCACCUUCCACAGGUCCCCUGGUGCGACUGGUGGGCGGCAGCAACAGGAAGGAAGGUCGAGUGGAAGUGUAUCUCCAUGGCGACUGGGGGAGCAUAUGUGACUCGGGCUGGAACGACCUGAACGCAGCCGUGGUGUGCAGGCAACUUGGGCACAGCGGCGGAGCGCUAGCGGCAGGAGGCUUCGGUCGGGGGAAGGGGCCCGUCCACCUGGACCAGGUGAGGUGCACGGGGAAGGAGGAGUUCCUGGGCGAGUGCCCCUCUCUGGGCCAGAACGUGCAGGGCUGCAGGCGGCGCGAGGACGCGGGCGUGAGGUGCGACGCCACGCCCAGGCGUCACGCGGCGCCGCUCAGACCUCAGGAGCUGAGCUGUGGGCUGAGGAAGCUGGAGGAGGACGGGGACCAGGGGGAGGAAACCAUGCUCAGAACCACGUGGCCGUGGCAGGUGUCAGUGUGGCUUCAGUCCCGGGGAGACGACGGGGGUCCGGUGUGCAGCGGCACCAUGAUCACCCCCUGCUGGGCCCUGACGUCCGCGUACUGUGUCAGCAGGUUUGGCAGCGAUGCGUCCAGGUACGUGGUGCGUGUGGGCGCGUCGACGCAGACUCUCACCCCUGAGCAGGUGGUGAUUCACCGGAAGUUCAAGGGUCAGAGCGGAGGUCACGACCUGGCCCUGCUGAAGCUGCCCAGCACCAAGGGUCAGUGCUUGACGUUCGGCCCCAACACCAACGCAGCGUGCCUUCCUGUUGAAGACACAGCACCAGGGGGCAAGAGUCCAUCGUCUUGUGUUGUCAUGGUAACCGCCAGCUGGACAGGACCUGACUCAGAUCUCGCGUCCUGGGUCCCUCUGCUGUCGUCAUGGCAAUGCAAGAAGCGCUACGGCGACAGCUUCUCCAGCCACGGCACCCUGUGCGCCGGCAGUCCUCCGGACACCAGCCUCCUGCGUGGCGACAGUUGCCAAGGCAACGCUGGAGGCGGGCUGGUGUGCCAGGAGGAGUCGGGGCGGUGGGUCCUCGCCGGCGUGGUUGCCGGGGGUUACGGCUGCGCCGACCCCUCCUCUCCCGCCCUCUACACCCGCGUGAGCCGCUUCCGAGGCUGGAUCGACGAGGUGACGGAUGCACGGGCGCGUCGGGAGGAAGCGACGCACAACGACCUGGGACACGCACAGACAGAGGGUGAGGACAAGCACUCCCAGGUGCGCGGCGACUUCAAGGACCCGCACCAUCAGCAGCACUACGCGAAGGAGUUCAACAAGCCGCAACAGAAACACACACACGCCCAUCACUCGCACGCCGAGCAGCACGAGAACACGCCCAUUCUGGCCUGACGAGGCCACGCCGUUGGCUUACCAUCUGUGCCAUGUGACCGGCCGAGGAGGAGGAGGAGGAGGAGGAGGAGGAAGAGGAGGGCGACAGGCGAGCAAACUGAAGUUCCUACAAACCCUCUGCGCUCAUUCCAAUCUGAACCCGGUGUCGUGAGUCCCAAGUGUGCGCGGUGGCUGAUGGGACAAGCGUGGGCGGAGCUUGCGGCGCUGCCAGGAUGAGUGUGUGUGCGAUGCGGGGUGCUUUUCAUGUGAGCUGCAGCCGGCGAAGGGGCCCGACCGGGAGCCUGCGAGGUUCAUCAGCACGUUCAACGCGGGCUGAGCUGAAAAGCAUCAGCACGGACUGAGUUUUAGCGUAGCAACAUUCAAGGGCCGGGUCACACAGGGAUCUAUGCUAAAGCCAGCUGUUACCAACCAACCAGUGAAUAAGGCUGACCUCAUAUCAACAAUGUAGAUAAACUCCAGGGCUCAGUUAGGUUUGGAUGGAUGUUCAGGCUGUCGUCUUAUACUUUGAAAGUGCUGUUGUUUAUUUAGACCCACGCCUGAGCUACGUGACCUAGGACCAUGCCAGUGAUUUAGUAUCUGUCGCUAGACUGUGGUGGUUUAAUAAUAGUGGUAUUAUGUCCUUAAAGCCUGAAUGCAGGAACUCAUAUGACGACAACGUUCAGGGGCUGCCAGGAAAAUUAGAAAAACGAGAAUCCUCCAAACAGACGCGCGGUCGGGGCCCUUUGAGCCUGUACAGGACGCUCUCUCUUUGAAGCCAUCGUUUUUUGUAUUCCCAGCUGUAGGUAGAUGCGAGUAGGCUCAUUGAUGUGUAGAUAGCUACUCCGCCGUUUAGCCGGUGCCGCGUUCAUCCUUGACUGAGUUCGAUUUCCAAACAGUGGCUCGCCGCCUGUCCCGUCGUCCCCCGAGCAGAGGCUCCAUCUCACCAGCAGAGGGCGCCAUUGCUCUGUUUAACGGGUUUAAUGGUGGACAAGGAGGCCUCUAGUUCUUUUUAUACUGUCUAUAGGUGAACAGACGUGUGCUCCGUUUUUGCUGUGAACCAUUGUGUUGUGAAGCAUCUUGUAACCCUGACCUGUCUCCUGCCUGUUAUUAUUCUGUACAUAACCCCUUCAUUCCUGUGACUUGAUGUUUAUAUCACGCAGAUCCUGUAGGUUCUUGUAAAUACUGUGUGUCUGCGGCUGGACGAUGAGGGAGCAGCGCUGUAAAACCCCGCGUCACCCCAUCAGCUGCAGCCCAGUGUAAUGUGCCGAAUCAUGGUUGACUAUUAAAACACGUACCUGGUGAGAAACCGA